CUCAUUACAACCUUCCUUGUGAACACAUCACAAAAAAUACACAAAAUACCCAACACAAAAAUGGCUCCUCAAAUGGAAUUCGUCUCCAAGACUCAACACUACCUUAAAGUCAAGAAACCUCAAUUGGAACGUGAAAGACGUGCCCGCAUCAACAAAUGUUUGGAUACCCUCAAAGUUUUGGUAGCCGAUUUACAAGGCAAUGGCAAUAUCUUGCGCAUGGAUAAAACUGAAAUGUUGGAAUCAGUUGUGAGCUAUAUGAAGACCCAGGUACGCAAAUCAAAAGUUCCUGCUACUCCCAUUGUACCCAUGGAUUCAUUUCGUCAUGGUUAUAUGAAUGCUGUCAAUGAAGUUUCCCGUGUUAUGGCUGCCACACCCGGCAUAAAUGUCCAACUGGGCAAAGCUGUUAUGACUCAUUUGGGUUGUGCUUACAAUCGUUUGUCGGCCAGUCCAGUUGCACCUGUUCAAAAGUGCGAAGAACGUGAUAUCUAUUCGGCUGCUCCAAUGUCUCCUGCUUCUUCGGGUUAUCACAGUGAUGAAGAAAGUUCACCAUCCACUUCACCAGCUCCUGCUUCUUUGUGGCGUCCCUGGUAG